GAUCCAGAUACGACGUAUAUAGCCAUCGUCCGUAAUCCCCCAUAUAGAUUUCUCUCUGCUAAAUCGUUCAUGUCGAAUUAUCUUGACAUUAUUAAAAAUGAUUUCUCUCUAGUGUUAAUCAUGGAAUAUUUUGACGAAUCCUUGGUUUUGAUGCGACGAUUAUUCUGCUGGGAAUUAAAAGACAUAAUUUAUCUUAAAUUAAAUGUCAACAAACGAGGAACUGCACGGUUUAGAAUCGCAGUGAUGGGAGCAGCUGCGGUGGGUAAAAGUUGUAUCAUCUCACAAUUUCUUUACGAGAGAUUCGUCAGUGAAUAUAAAGAAACAGUUGAAGAACUACAUAGUGGAGAGUGCAAUGAGAACGGCAAGCAGCUUAUUUUAGACAUUUUAGAUACUGCCGGUGCUCAUUCGUUUCCUGCCAUGAGAAAGUUAGCCAUAGCCAAGAGCAAUGCCUUCAUACUGGUGUACUCGGUCAACGAUGCUUCCUCCUUUGAUGAAGUAAAAAUCAUGAGAGAACAGAUUAUUGCCGAGCGAGACGAUGAAAAUGUCCCAAUUGUGAUUGUGGCAAAUAAAACAGACGUAUUAGAAGACAAACGAAUAAUUAGUCGAGUAACGGCGGAACUGCUUGUGUCUGUGGAAUGGGGAAACGGAUAUAUCGAGGCCUCGGCCAAAGAUAAUAUCAACAUUGUUGGCAUUUUUAAGGAAAUUUUAAGACAAUCAAAGGUACAAUACUCUCUGAGUCCUGCUGUUAAGAGGAAGCGAAUUUCAAUACCAGCCAUUCUGUUUAGCAAAAAGAAUGCACCAACAUAA